AUGGCCUCCAUAUCCAUCAACGCCCCCGGCGCAACCGGCUUCAUCUACAACAACGCCAACCUAGGCACCGCCCGCGUAUGCAUCUCCGCCGAGACCCCCGACUUCGAUACCGAGACGCUGCGCGCCUGGGCAGACGAGGGCUUCGAUGUCGUCUAUGCGCCGUACAACAAUGGGGGGAAGGAGUACGAAGCACGGUUGAAGUCCGUGAAGGAGGGGUUGGGCGUGGGGGAUAAUUAUGCUGUUAUUGCAUUCGGUGACGCCGCUUCCUACUGCCUCGACUACUACCUCAAAUCAACAAACUGCAGCCGUCUGGCCGCUCUCAUUGCAUACUACCCCACUACGGUCCCCGAUACGCGAUCGCGAUUCCCCUUUUCGGUGCGCGUGUUGACGCAUCUUGCUGGAGAUACAGUGGACGUGGUGACCAUCCCUACGGUUAUUGGAUUGCAAGGGAAGAAACAUCGCUCGACGAAGCAGAUCACCCCCGGUAUCGGGACGGGAGAGAGGCUGCAGAUCGGGUGGCCGGCGUUUACGUAUGAGUCGGCGCAGCCGGGGUUUGCGGAGCAUGAUCUGGAGGAGUUUGAUCGGUUGGCGUCGGAUUUGGCGUUUAGUCGUACGCUGCAGGUGCUGAGGAAGGCGUUUGGCAAGGAUUUGGAUUUGGAGAAUAGGUGGGAGGAACAGCUUGAGGCGCGCUUCUUCUCCAUGAACCUUACUGGUACAAUGGAGCCCUAUGUCGGUCACCUCAACCCGACACUCACUUGUACACCAACCAUGAGCGGUGGUAUCGGAACCCAUGCGCUGCGUCGCUUCUACGAGCAGAACUUCCUGCGCAAGUUGCCUCCGUCUAUGCGUCUGCGGUUGAUUUCUCGGACUGUUGGGGCGGAUCGUAUUGUUGAUGAGCUAUAUGCGACGUUUGAACAUACCCAGGAGAUACCCUGGAUGCUACCUGGUGUUCCGCCGACGAAUCGUCACGUGGAAAUAGUCCUAGUCAGCAUUGUUAGUCUGCGCGGGGGAAGGCUGUACUCAGAACACAUGUACUGGGAUCAAGCCAGUGUAUUGGUGCAGGUCGGACUGCUGGAUCCGAAGUACAUACCAGAGGGAGCACCACAGGGCGUAGACCGCUUGCCAGUCAUUGGACGCGAGGCAGCCAGACGCAUCGUCGAGGAAGACCCUGAGGCCGAGGGCCGUGAUUAUCACAAUCGGUUGAUCCGGCGGGCAAAGGCUAAGCGGGGAAAGGAUAAGCCGGUGGAGGAGUCGGGGACGGAGCUGGCGAAGAGUGAUACGGAGAAGGUGGAGAGUAAGCCAGCUGGGGAGAGUAAGGGGAAGACGGUGCAGAGGGAGCAGAAUGGUAAUGGGGCGGAUGCAUUGGAGAAUCAUGGAAUGGAGGAGAAUGAGAAAGAU